CAUUUGAAGCGCACACUUUAUACGUGCAUCGACAGUGAUCCCCUGCAGCUGUGCGUUCACGCUUCCAACUCACUGAUAGAAAAUAUGAGAAAAUGGUACAACUUGAAGAAGAUACAGCUCAGACUGAUGCAGCAAAAAGAACGAGUGAUGUUGAAUUGAAUUUACUCAGCGAGUCGAGAUUGGAUAUCUCUGAAAAGCAACGUGCGCAGAAGAUAAACAAGAAUAUGGAGGAGGAUGAGCGAGUGAACACCAAAAAGGAGAUCGAUGCAUACGAGCGUGAAAUGAUGUUAACUGAAGAUGUGCGCUGUGGUUUUUGGAUUUUCAAAGGUGCAUGCUUUCAGCGAUUCGCCACUCAGACGACUUAUGUCCUCCUCUAUGGCUUAGUGGGCUGCGUGUUUUCUAUGACUUAUGCCUACUUCAAUGGCACGCUGACCACGAUUGAGAAACGCUUUAAGAUACCGUCAAAGAACACUGGCAUAAUAGCGAUUGGCAAUAACAUAAGUCAAAUGACCGUCUCUGCUGCGUUGAGCUAUUAUGCGGGUAAAGGACAUCGACCGCGUUGGAUUGGUUUUGGUGUGAUGACAAUUGUCGGUUUUUGUAUGCUCACCGCAGCGCCACACUUUCUGUACGGGCCCGGUGAAGAUGCGCUCGGGCUGACUGUCGAAUUUGGCGGCGUCGCCGAUGAGAAUGCCACUCAGGAGGUAUUGGAGCAGCAACGUGCGAAGUCUUUAUGUCGCGAUCGUGGUAAUGAGACAGCUUGCGCAUUGGAGGAGGGUAAUUUUGCGCCGCAGGCAGUGUUUUUCCUUGCCGAAGUCAUAUCUGGCGUGGGUGGUGGUCUUUACUACACACUUGGCGUAUCCUAUAUGGAUGAUAAUACGAAAAAGUCCAAGACGCCCGCAUUAUUAAGCCUUUCAUAUUUUUUCCACAUGCUUGGUCCCGCCAUCGGCUACGCUUUGGCCUCCUUCUGUCUACGCCUCUACAUUGCACCACAAUUGCAACCAGUCAUAAAUAACAACGAUCCACGUUGGUUAGGUGCUUGGUGGUUGGGUUGGCUUUUGCUGGGUUCUACACUCUUCCUAUCUGGCAUACUCUUCACUAUGCUACCGAAAGAAUUACCGCGCGCAAAAGCUCGUCGGGUUGUUGAAGAGCGCAAACGUCGAGAGGCGAGCGCUUUGAAGGGUGAAGCGCCUGAUGAGCCCGCGGCGGAAGAGGAAGCUUCAUUGAAAGAUAUGUUGAUCACUUUUAAACGAAUUGCAAUGAAUAAGACCUUAAUGUGCAAUAAUAUUUCAUCAAUUUUCUAUUAUUUUGGUUAUACGCCUUACUGGAUUUUUACACCGAAAUAUAUAGAAGUACAGUAUCGACAAUCGGCAGCGACGUCGAGCUUGGUCACCGGCACCGUAGCGUUGGCUUUCUCCGCGCUUGGCGUACUUCUUUCCGGCUUUGUUAUUUCGAAAUUUAAGCCCAGCGCACGUUAUAUGGCCGCAUGGAAUGUGUUUGUUGGUCUUCUCAGCGUUGCAGGUUGUAUUGCUUAUGCUUUUAUUGGUUGCCCGGGUAACGAACAAUCGAUGAUUAUCAAUAUACCCGAGGGUGGUCCCAACAGCAUUACCACCUGCAAUUCGGCUUGUUAUUGUGAUUAUGUACCAUUUUCACCGGUUUGUGGUGAGAAUAAUAUGACUUAUAUUUCACCAUGCCAUGCCGGCUGCAGGCAAGAGAUAAUCGAUGGUAAGGGCAAGAAGAUAUAUAGUGACUGCAGUUGCAUUGCAAAUAAUAAUUCUUUAAAUCACGUUAAGGGAUCAUUGUCGGAAUUAUGGCAAAACACAAAACUUUCUGCAACUGUCACAAAUGUUGCUGAGCCUUUCGCAGUGCUUAAAAAAUACGAAAAACCUCUGCCUACUUUUGGCGGCCACGCUACUGCUGGUGCCUGCCCCGUCAACUGCUUCCGUCAAUUCGUGCUCUUCUUGUCGGUGAUGUGUUGUUUGAAAUUCGUCGGUGCCACUGGUCGGGCAUCGAACUUUCUGGUCACAAUACGUUGUGUGCCGGAGCGCGACAAAACUGCUGCCAUGGGUUUUGGCAUGAUGUUGGCGUGUUUGCUGACCUUUAUACCCAGUCCGAUAUUCUUCGGUUGGUUGUUGGAUGGCUUGUGUUUGGUGUGGGGUAAAACGUGCACGAAUAAAGGCAAUUGUUGGCUAUAUGAUCCGCUGGCGUUGAGAUACACACUAAACUUCACCGCUGCGGCUUUUAUAUUUAUCGGCACAAUUUUUGAUGUUGGCGUUUGGUAUUUGGUAAAGAAUUUGAAAAUCUUCGAUGAAGAGGUGAAGAAAACUGAUGCUGGAACUGAAGAGGAACAAGAAACUAUGCUUGCAAAGGAAAAGUUAUAAAGUGACAUUGACUCUAUGUAUGGAUUUGCAAUGAAAUAUAAGUUUAUAAAUAAAAAGCAAACGCAAAACGAAUAGAACAUAGUGG